AUGCCUCACAAGUGUGCCGCCUGCGGGCGAGAGUUUCCAACCCCCGCUUCUUUGGGAAGCCACAGGGAGUCGUUCGCGUGCCCAGGUCAGUGGGUGAGACAUGAGGCAGGUCCUAGCACGAAAGCAGCACCUGCAGAAGAGCUGCUGCGAGAUCUGAGCAUUGCGGAAGAAGCAGGCCCCAGUCAAGCGCUAGCUGAGCCGCAUGGCAGCAAAAGGCAAAGGGUUGAGCUGCCGGAAGAGAGGGAGGGGCAGGGGGCCGCUUCUGUUGAGGAUCAUGGUGCGCAUCAGGCACACAGCGCAGGCGGCUCAUUUUUCUCAGAUCCGGUUGAGGAUCCAGAGAAGAGCAGGUUUCCUCAGCUAGACGAUGAGAUCCGCGAGACGCUGAAGAUCCUACAAUUUGUGCGGCGGUGCCGGAACAAUGUCGGCCUCAGCGAACAAGACACUAGAAGCCUUAUGAAUCUGCUCUUCUUCCAAGACCUGGACGCCUCCAAGGUCAAGGCUCGCACGCCGGCGGCGCUCAAGAAGUUUGAGGAGCGCGUGCUCUUCAAAGAAAGUGAUGGAUGGGUGAGCAUCGACCUCAGCAAAGAGGGCGAUCCUUACCCAAUCAUUCUCCGAAUGCGAGACCCGGAGGAAGCGCUCAAGGAGAUGCUCUCCAACUCUGCAAACUCGACGGGCUUAGCUGAUCGACCGCAAGACAGCAAGGGCAAUCGUACAGUCAGUUCUCCCGACACGGCGACUUUCUGGGAACAGGCUCAGGAAUACAUCAACAGAACGGGCCACGCUGGAGCGGUCAUCGCUCCGCUGAUUAUGAACAGUGACGUCACCACGCUCUCCAACGACAUGAGCGUCCUGGGCUGGCCGUUCGCCCUCACAUCCGCAAACAUUGCGUCGCACCGUCGGAAUGAACCUGGGGGGCAUGCACUGGUUGCUAUCUUCCCCAUCCUACACGCUGUGCCGGGACAUCCAGGUUUUGAGCCUGGGUCCGCUGAGCUCACCUUACGGAAGCUGGAGGUCUUCCAGGAGUGCUUGCGGCUUGUUCUGCAACCGCUCAAGGAUGCGAGCUUUACGGGCUUCAUGUCAGAGGAUCCGGACGCUGAGGAGAGGUGGUUUUACCCGAUGUUGUUUGCCUACGUCUGCGAUCAUCCUGAGGGAUGCAAAGUGACGUGUACGAAAGACACGAACCAGACGAACGCCCCGUGCAGCAUCUGCAUGUGCCCCGCCUCUCGUCUGUGCGAGGUGGACAAGCACUUCCAUUUCCGGACGCAGAAAGGCAUGAUGGCGGCUCACGCCAAGAUCACCAACAAGGACAUAGACCCUGUGAAGCGCGAUCAGUGGUCGAUGGGCCUGUCUUUGCAUCCCGUGGAGUGCGCUCUGUGGGGCUUCAAUGGGGGCGACACCGAUUGGGGGAACCCCUACCGGGCGGUGCACGUAGACAUGAUGCACCAGACGGACUUGGGGUUGUUCCCCACCAUCUGCGACGCGCUACUCAACGUGGCAGCGGGGUCCCACCGCACGGCUAUUGCGCGCGCCAUCGAGAAGGCGCUCAUGGACAUUAAAGAGAACUACAGGUUCGCCGAUCUGCGUGUGCCCGGAUCUGACAAAGGAGGGUACUUCACUAGCUCGGGCAGAUCCAAGUUUGCAGCAUUCGAACAUCGGGCGGUGAUGCAGGUGGUCAUCCCUGCUCUCGUCGGCCUUGUGGACAACAGCAUCAUUGCGGCGCUGGUUGAGUUCGUGGACUGGGUGAUUCUUGCCUGCCGGACGGACGAACACACGGAGGCUUCGCUGACCCAGAUGGAGCGACAAGGCGAAAAGGCUGUGAAGGCGAUCAUUCGUACGCUCGGCGAGGGGCAAGCCUCCGAGUUCCGAAUCAUCAAAAUCCACCUGGUUUCGCACUACCGGGACUGCAUAUGGCGUUCCGGAGUGCCCAUUCACUACUCAACAAAUCUGUUCGAGUCGCUCGACAUACAGCUGCUCAAAAUUGGCUACAGAGCCAGUAAUCGGAGGAACGCGAUGGACCAGGUCCUCAAACAUCAUCGACGACUCUGCCAACUGCGAAAAGCAGCCGGCCUGCCAAAUGCCGACGAGGAGGACCAGGAGGACGAGGAGCAGCGCACCGAGGACAAUGCAAGGACGGCUCUUCAACGGGCGAUGACAAGCGACCCCCGCCGGAACGUGCUGUCCUCCGUCAAGCUCAACCUGAGGCUCCCGUGGCUGGAGCACAUCAGUAACCCGAGCUCGGAUCCAGCUGACGGGCCUUCUUCAUCCAAACACGCGCGCGAGCUGCUAAAUCAGCAACCCGAGCUGAGACACCUCGCUACACAACUCCGCAAGUUUCUGGGCAAGGACUACGACCGGAUUGCAAAGCGCGUGGUAACUGUGCACAGCGCCCUCGCCCUGCCGACCGGCGACAGCGACCGCUUCGGCCCCCGCCCUAUGUGCGCCAGGGCCGUUCCGAGCUUCCACGGACGGCCCUGGUACAGCAACAUCGCGCUCCAAGGAGAGGCCGAGGGACAAGCCCCGUGGGACCUCCACGCGCAGGUGCGGCUCUUCCUGAGCUGCACCGUGGAGGGCCAUGCGCCCGGGCAGCAGCGGCGCCACGAGAUGGCGCUGGUGCGCUACUACAAGAAGCUGCCCGCCAUCGACAAGCUCACCAAUACACGUCUUGAUAUUGAGAUCGUUGUCAUCUUUCAACCCGGGCAGCCGCCAGCCACCAGCCACCAGCCCCAGAUGUACCGCGUGUUGCGAACCUGUACAGCGUGUUGCCUGCUCCAACAAGUGUUGACCUCACCAAAGAAGCAUGUUCGGGCAUCUGUCGGCACAGGCUGUCCACGACUGCACCGAAGCGGAGUCUCCUUCCUCCGUUUGACAUCAAGCUGCACCGCAUCUUCUACCACGCCGACGUUCGCGUAUGCGCUCCUGGGGAGGCGCUGGGGCGGGCCGGGUGUCGUCGACUCCCAGAGGUCCAUCUCGCUUCUCAGGCUGCUCUGCGACCAACUCGAUUGCGUGACGUGCUCAUCAUCCGCAGGAACAACCUUCCGCAGCGGCGGCAUACUAGCUGAGACAUUGAACCGCUUGGGGCAGCGCGGAAGGCGGGUUGCCCUUGCCCACCUACUAGCCAGCACGGGCCAGCUAGAGGGCCACGCGAGAAGACGACAGGUAUGCAACGUGUCGCUCCUUCUGCCCGCUCGCCCGCCCGCUCGCGUGUUGAGACCAAGCAACCAUCGACUCCGAGCAGUAAGUGCAUGCGGAGGUCUCGACGACUGCAAGAGCAUGAGCAAGACCUUCUUCUUCCAGUUCGGCAUCAAGCUUCACGAAAGUACGUCCAUCUUGUUCGCGAGACUGUUGUAUGACCAACGCUGCUGCGGGACGAGCUUCUGCAGCCGCGGCAUGGUCGAGACAAGCACGCUUACGGCAGGGGUGGAGCCGGGUUUGUGGAGCGGCGGCUGCGCGCGCGCAGGCACCGGUGCGGAGGCGCGGGCGACGCUGACGGACUUCGCCGCUUUUUGCCUCAUUGGGUCCUGGGGGCGGGUUGCGCGCGGUUAUCUACUAGUCAGCACGCGGCCAACGCUGGGGACACCACAGGCCCAUUCAUUCGGGACAGCCAAGCUCUGGAGCCCUGCUACAACUUCUACAACCUGCAGACCUCCGCUCAAGCUUGGCCACCAACCAAGCAUGGAGAUCAAGCCUGCAGGCCAACAGUGACGUCAUCAAC